AUGAGAGACAAGGCGGCCUCUGGGCACAUCUUAAAGACCAAGGACAUUGCUGGAGGAUCCCUCGUUGACUGCAGAGCCCUCGGCUUGGUGACCCCUGUGUUGCCACCUGCCCAAGAAGGAGAAACAACGUCCAGUGAAGGCGGAAUGUUGCCGGAAAGGAAGGAGCACGGAGGCGCACUGACGGAAGACCAGCAGGGACCCCGAGCCAUCACCGGGGCCACGUGUCUGAGCACCCGCCCCGUCCAGGACUUGGGGGGAGACUCGGAGAAGGGACCAGAGGGCGAGCGUGGUGUUGGGGGCCAGCGGGGUGGCUCCGUGCCUCCCACCUGCUCGUCGGGGCCUGGCCCGGCCAGGGGGCGGGUCUUUGGUGGGCGGGGGGCCGUCUGUGGGGCUUGUCUGAGCCCGUUUCUCCUCGGGUCAGGCCCCCCCUCAGCCCGAACGCUCCCGAGGCCCCGGAAGAAGCGCACCGUGUACCUCAAGGAACAGCUGCAGGAGCUGGAGAAACACUUCUGGGCCAACCGGUACCCGAGCUACCAGGAACGCGUGGCCCUGGCAGCCGGGCUCAACCUGGACGAGCACCAAGUGCAGGUGUGGUUCAAGAACCGCCGGGCCAAGCACUCCAGGCUGCAGGGACCGCCCAAAGGGCGAGGUCGGGGAGCCAGCGCAGCGGCGCCCGGGGGCUGCGGAGCCGGCGUCCCCCAAUGUGUCCCUGCCCCUCCCCCCGUCCUUGUUCCCGCCCGUGUCCCUGACCACGCCCCAGUCGGGGUCCCUGUCCCUGCUGGCCCCGCGUUCCCUGGGGGCCCAGGCGCCUGUCACCCCGCUCCGCACAGCCCCCGGAGGAUCCCCUCAGCGGCAGAGCCUGGCACCUGCAGCCGGAGCGCCGCCCCGCGGGCCGGGCAGGGCUCCCAGGGGUCCAUCCAGGCUGCACCAACCCCGGCCCCGGCCCCGGCUCCCGCCCCCGCCCGGCUUCAGGGCUGCUCCGGCUCAGACAUCUGGCCAGACGCCGGCUGCGUGCUAGCCCCCAAUUUCACAGCGGUCGUCUCCCCCCAAGACCCCUUGGAGGGAUCCCCUUUCUCCUUGAUGGCCCAGUCCCAGGAGGGAGAAGACCCUGCAGAGGACAGAGACUCGGACUCUGCUACUGAACUUAUAGGCGAAUCUGUCUCCGAAAAGCCCUGCAGUUCCCACGGGGCCAGAGGGGACUAGGGUGUCGUCGGCUUGCGCGCCCAUCGCGUCCCUGUGGGUGCGGACCUGGCCGGCGGGGGUCGGGCUGCACAUCGGAUCAUCAGUCCUCCUGUCAUCCCACCUGUGGAGGCGGCAUCCUGUGGUCACUGUGUGGCCACCCAACAUCACGCGGCUCAGGGGUCCCCGCAUUUAGGGCGCACGUGGGCGUUUCGGUGGGUUCCCAGGUCUGGCGUGGAACUCCUUGCUCCCAGCGUCUGUUACCGGAUGCUGGGAGCGCUUCCUCUGCAGGCCUGGGGCAACCUCAUUGGGAAUUUAAUCGAAAUCGCAUCAAAUCCAUAAAUGGUUUGAGGACGAACUGACAUCUUUCCAACAGGGGGCUUUCCAACCUGAGCAUAUAACUCAACUCGUUCAUUUGGUGGUUUGCAAAGACGCUCCUGCGAAAUGUUAUUUAACCGCAGAGGUCUCGGGUCCAUCUUUCUGGAGGGUGAUUUUGUAGCAUUUUUUAUCUUCACGGAGCCUGACUUUUUAGAUGAUAUUUAAACACUUGUUUUUAAAUCCGUUCCUCCUGUAUGUAGAAUUCACUGCUUUAGUUACUUUGUAUCCAGGCACCUGGUUCGAUAUUUUUAAUCCUGAUAAUUUUCCAGGACCUUGUUUGUGGAUUGAUAAUUUGGAAAUUAAUAAAGUUCAUGGUCACCUUGGAAAUGUUUUCCUGCAGAGCUGGCUGGUGUUAUGCCCUUCUGUAUACUG